CUCUAGUUUGACAGCCGGUUGAAAACGACGCCGCCGACGUGCGAGAAUCGAUCCGCGAGAUCGCAUUUUUUCCAGUUUUUCAAUUUGUUUGUAAAUACCGUAAAUAUACCAACUUCUUCGACAAAAUCUGGGGACAAACAAGUCUAGGAACAAAAUAAGUAUUUCGCAAUGCAGCAAAAAAAUGACGCCAAACUCUAUCAAAGAUGCUGUCGGAUUUGUAUGGACGAUACAAGGGAACAAAUCGACGUCGUUUCGGAUGAAACUUUGGUUGAAACCUUGAAUCAGUUGUACAAUGUGAAGGUCGAUAUAAAUGAUCGGAUCUCCAGCAAAGUAUGCCUCGAAUGCAUCCAAGAAGCGAAAGAAACGCAAAAGUGGUUGAGUUUCUACGAGGAACAGAAGAAGCUGAUUGCGGAGAACCAACGGGUCUACAACGAGGAACUGGUCAAUCAGCUGGGACCAGAAGCGACACAUUCUCCGGCUCGUUCUCCUUCCAUAUCGACAAAGACUCUGACCCGGACGCCAAGGACCAGGAACCCUCCUCGAAGGAUUGAUGACGACGAUGAGGAGGAAGUGAAGGGGGAAAAAGAUGAAGAUUUCAUUCCGUCGAAGUCGGCUCGGAAGAUUAAGAAAGAGCCGAUCAGUACUCGGAGGAGUAUAAAGCGCGAAUGGGUACCGUCAUCGGAUGGUAGCGGAAGGGGAUCCACGACAACAACCCCGACGGAUAAUGGCUCGGAUGACGAAGAUGAGUCGGAAACAGGAACCAGUACCUCUGAUGGGGAGCUCAAGUGUCCCAAGUGUGAGAAAGUGUUUUCUGAAAUUGAUCAACUGGAACGGCACAAUUGUGAAUUCAUUUGUAACAUCUGUAGUGCAGCGGUCAAGUACCGGAAUAGCUUGAAGCGUCACUUGAUGGUGGUGCACAAGAUAAAGGCCAACCAAUGGGAAGAUUAUUGGAAUCCUACUGGGGACCAGGGAGGUGCCUCUUUAUUGGUUGAGACCAAAAAACCGAAGAAAAGGUAUCGCUACGAAAGUGAUUCUCCUACGGAUAUGGAGGAUGAUUCUAACAAUGAUGAAGACCAAAAAGAUUUGAUUUGUAGCAGCUGCGGUGAUAAAUUUUAUUCAACACAAGAGAUGAAGAAUCAUGACUGUGAUUAUGGGUGUAAUAUUUGUGGAGCUUCGUUUGCCUCUCGGAACAGUGUGAAGAGACACAAGAUUCGCCUACAUAAUGUAGAUCCAAAUGAUCCGUCGGUAGCUUCACAUUCUCGUGCGCCAUCGGCUACAACUGUAGUGUCCACACCUAAGCCUGCCUCAAGACCACCCUCCAGGGCUGCUUCAGAGAAUGCUUCUGACGAUGAACCACUCUCUGCAAUGGCAUCUGAUGAAACGAGAUAUCGGUACUUCUGUCCCGAUUGCGAUUAUUCCAGCUAUAGGCGUUAUACAGUCACUACACAUUUGGCAGUCUUUCAUAAAACUCCUAAAGAGCAAAUCGAUGUUGAAGCGAUUGUUAAAAAAAUAGUACCAAGAACUUCUGACAUUGUUCGGUCAAAAACGCCAGUACCUGCUGCUGUUUCAGAUGAAACACCGGUUCGUUCAAAAACACCCAUUCCUGUUGAGCCAGCUGUUGUCCGUGCAAAAACUCCAGAUCCAACCAAAGCCCAUCGCCCACCAAGUACUAUCCCAGCCAUUGCGAAUCCACAAGCUGCUUCAAGCAAUGAAUAUCAACAAGUCGAUAUCUCCGGUCAGCAUCGCAGUCGUUCCAGAUCGAUUCAUCGUGAUUCGCGCAACAGCAGCAAACGCAAGCGCUCUCUUUCGUCAUGCUCGAACAAGGCUCCUCGUGCCGUUCGGGCUCGAUCAAAUCCACCAGUGGAUCGACAAAUACUCACGGCUAAGCGACGUCUAUCACCGUCGCGCAUUCUCGCCAGCGUUCACGAGAAAUUCCGUCCUACGGUAACUGCAAUCCAGUCCAACCGGCUAUUUGUGUCAAUCCGUCAAGGAUGCGAGCUAAUACAGCAAGGCCAACAGAUUCGCUUCCGAGCUUCUUCGUACCUUCUACAGGAUUCAUGUCCCACGAAACGCCUGUUUAGACUUCGAGCUCCUGUUGGAAACGAAAGACAGCAAGUGCAAAACCUUCGGGGAAUAUUCAAUAAACUAUCCCACCAGAUCAGCGCCCAUUCUAAAGUAAACGAAAUUGACGUGGACUCAUUGGUAUUGGACUACAUUCACAAUCCUACGGCCGCCCAGUCAAGUAGUCCAGUAAUCAAGGACAAUGAGGGAACGACAUACGAGAUCCGCGAACUCGAUAACGAAGAAACAACAGAAGUGAUUGACGUCGAACCUUCGGCCUCCGUUCAGGUUGAGGAUGAUGGACAUAACGCUGAACCACCGACGGAAACUGUCACCAAGGAUGAUGGUCAAGUUGCUGAAAACGAUGCUGCGAGUUCGCAUAAAGAGCAGGAUAAAGAAAAUGAGGAACUAACAAAUGAAAACGAAGAAAAUCCCGAAAAUAAAAAUACUGAAGAACCCAUGGAAGUGGAUGAUGUUAUUCAGGAAGAUGAUAAUGCUAAUCAGGGUGACGAGAAUGUCAAUCUGGAAAAGAAUAAUGGCAAUCCGGAAACAACAGAAUCGACGGGAACGUCGCCCGAAGAUAACAAAUCAGAACAAACGGACAACGAGCAAAGUCAAGAACAAACGGAAUCGUCUGUAGCGUCGCCGAAAGGAAACGAAUCGGAACAAACGGACAAUGAGCAAAGUCAAGACCGGACGGAACCUGCUGAAGCGUCGCCCAAAGGAAACGAACCUGAAAACCAAAAUACGAAGUGUCAUCAGGAAGCCGUGGAUCCAAUUGCCGUUUCACCGGCCGUAAAUGAACCACAAAGUUCAGAGACUGAGCAAAGCCAGGAAGCUACGGAACCAUCUGCAGCGUCGCCAGAUGAAAGCCAACCAGAAAGUCCGGAAACGGAGCACAGCGGUCAGGACGAAGGCGUUUCUAUCAUUCCGGAUUAAAUGCGAGUGUUUUAGAAUUCUCAGGUUUUAUUAAUAGGAAUGACGGUACAUUUUAUCGUUUCAAUUGUAUAACAAACGAAUGCAGAAUAAAUACUAUAAACUCUGUUCAGGGUUAUACGCCUGUCUA